AUGGAGAAGGACGAUACCGCUGCACGAGUCCACACGACCACCUCGGACCAUGGUGACCAGAAGGGCGCCGUCGCCGAGGUGAGGGUCAUCGCUGGAUCUGAGGCGAUCGCCGAAGCCAAGCUCAAGGAACCUCCUACACGCUUCUCCUUGUAUGCCAUGAUUCUCUAUCUCUGCGCCUUCGUUGGGUUCUUUUGCUCCACUUGCAAUGGCUUCGACGGCUCUGUCUUCAACGCCCUCCUCCUCAACAAGGCCUUCAAGUCUUACUUCAAAGUUGAGAGCUCCGGCGCCUGGGCUGGCAUUGUUAGCUCCAUGUACCAGAUCGGCGGUGUCGUUGCUAUUCCCUUCAUUGGCCCAGCUUGCGAUACCUGGGGCCGUCGAUUCGGGAUGAUCAUUGGAGGAGCCAUUGGAUGCGCAGGCGUCAUUAUCCAGGCCACGACCAAGGCCGAUCGCGGCAACCCAAUCGGCCAAUUCAUGGGCGGUCGAUUCUUGCUAGGGUUUGCUGUGCCCAUUCUCACUACCGCUGGACCUCUCCAUGUCAUCGAGACUGCUCACCCUGCCCAUCGCGGUGUCAUCACAGGUCUCUACAACACCUUCUGGUUUGUGGGCUCCAUUCUCGCUGCUGGCGUCGCUCGCGGCUCCACAAAUCUCCCAGGCAACCAGAGCUGGAUCAUGCCAGUGUGGAUGCAGAUUCUCUUCCCUGGUCUUAUCACCGUUCUCGCUUAUUUCCUUCCCGAAUCCCCGCGCUGGCUUUACACCCGUGGAAGACACUCAGAUGCUAAGAAGAUCUUGACCAAGUUCCAUGGCGAAGGAAAUCCAGACAGUGCCUGGGUCUCAAUGCAACUUCGAGAGUAUGAGGAGUACCUAAACAUGGACGGUGGAGACAAGCGCUGGUGGGACUACAGUGCACUGUUCAAGACUCGUGGCGCUCGCUACCGUAUUGCUUGCAACGUCACCAUCUCCAUCUUUGGUCAGUGGGCUGGCAACGGUGCUAUCGACUACUUCAUCGGCGCGGUACUCGAGACGGUUGGCAUCACCGAUGAAAUCCAGGGAAUGAACAUCAAUCUCGGUAAAGCCUGUGCGCAACUUGCAUGCGCUGUUACUGGUGCCUUCUUUGUUGACAAGCUUGGUCGUCGACCUAUGCUCAUGGGCGCGUUUGGAAGUGCUGCUUUCAUGUGGGCCGUCGCUAUCGGUUGUGUGUCCGAAAACGCUAAAACCGGAAAUGCCGCGGCCGGCAAAGCCUUCAUCGCCUUCAUCUUUCUGUUCAACUGUGUCUUCGCCUUUGGUAUCACGCCACUUCAGGCUCUGUACCCCGUCGAAGUCCUCUCCUUCGAGAUCCGCGCCAAGGGUAUGGCUUUCUCCAAUUUGGCUAUCACAACCGCUAUGUUGGUCAACCAGUUCGCAUACCCAAUCGCUCUUGAGAGGAUCAAGUGGAAGCUGUACAUUGUUUUCGCCGUCUGGUGCCCGGUGCAAGCUUUAGUUGUCUGGGCGUUCAUUCCUGAGACCAAGAAACGCACGCUUGAGGAGCUUGAUGACAUCUUCAACGCGCCGAAUCCUCGCAACGCCUCGCUUGUCAAGAAGAAGAUUGCAGCCGACUCGGAGGGCAAUAUCCUCGAGGUGGAGAAAGUAUGA